CCUGUGAAUGCCCAGGUAAGGGGACGAGGUAAAUACAAGCGUGUUAUUUGCUACGCCGAGCUGCUACCGUUGAAGGGACAAAGGUAGGUCUGAUACAGGUGUUUCUUUUCUACUCCUUUGUCAAAUAAUUUUUAUUUUAAAAAAAAAUACACCAUCAUUAUUAACACUUCAUUUAUUUCAUGCUGCAGCCUAUGCCUGUACAUUAUAACCAAACUCAUUAGUAUUAAGUAUUUGAAUAUCAUAAUAUCAUAUGCAUGGAAUUAUUGCAUUUUUCUUUCGAUGGUUUAUGAGGUUUGUUUCCCUUCCAAAAUUGCACAUAAAUAUAAGCUGCCAGAGUAUAAGCUACUUUGGGGGAUCCAUUUGGGUGAUCCAUUUGGGCGAUCCAUUUGGGUGAUCCAUUUGGGUGAUCCAUUUGGGUGAUCCAUUUGGGCGAUCCAUUUGGGCGAUCCAUUUGGGUGAUCCAUUUGGGCGAUCCAUUUGGGUGAUCCAUUUGGGUGAUCCAUUUGGGUGAUCCAUUUGGGUGAUCCAUUGGAGAGCGUCAUGCGUUACGUUAAGUUUAUAAAAUUAAUAUCAUAUAAGGGAUAAUAGCGUUUAGAUUAUGAAAAAUAAAAGCCAGGAGCCACUACAAAAAUUGAUUGUAGUAUAUCUUUCUCAACCCACACCCGCGCACAAUUAUUCCCACGGCUGCAUGAAGUACAUUUCGACACCACGUCAUCUCACCUCGCUAAACAACAUGAAUAGAUAACCCUCUUCUCCCACCUUGAAAAGGGGGAAAGAGAGAUAAUCAUAUGAAAGAUCUUUUCCUGGUAAAUAAUAAUAAGACAUUUUAAGCUUUGUGAGAACCGUGUGUGUUAAAAAAACAUGUCUCUCGAGAUCAGUAACAUUUGUUCGAAACUACAAGAAAAUUUAUCUUUAACAAACAAUAAUGAUAACGCUCUCUGCUCAGAUAUCCUUGAUACUAAAAUGUGAAUUUUAAAUAAUAUAAAAAAAAAAUUAAAAAAUUAAAUUUGUGUUAUCUACUCCUGGCUCGAUUAAAAAAAAAAAUACAAUUUUUAAGACAACUAUUCACUAAAUUAUUCAAGCAUCAAUGUCUAAGAAUUUUCAAGGGGGGAGGGGGGGGGAGAGGGGGGUUAAUUUUUUUUGGAUUUUAGGUUUCUCGUUGUUUUAGUUUACGACAGCUAUGUGCUCUUUAGAACUUUUUAGGUAUAAUUUUUGCUCCCCGUGGAUACUAGCUGCACCUCCGACCACCCCAUCGCCCCUCACGGCACACCUAAAUCAGGAUGGUGUCUUAAUUAAUUUGGCAUUCUAUUUCUAUCAUGACGCUUCCACAAAUCAUUUCAUGAGUAUUUCCUGUUUCCCCUCUGAAGACAUUAAUGUUAAAAUACCCGCUAAUACGCCUUUAAGAUGAAAUCCUGUCCCUAGACCGACGGGGAGGAAAGAUUAGAGACAGCAGGCAGCUUCAAGUAGGUGGCAAAUAGCCUCGAAGACGGCUCCAAGCCCGAAUUGAUGUCCAGGAUUGCCCAGACCACAACAGCACUGAAGAGGUUUAAUAAAAUAUGGAAUUACAAAAAUAUUACCCCAGCAACAAAAUCAGGCUGUUGCGCUCAUCGGCCCUCUCCAUUUUCUUGUAUGCCUCUGAGUCCUGGACAUUAACAGUAGAACUUGAAAGAAAAAUAAAGGCGAAGGAGAUGAGAUGUUUCAGAAGCAUUCCUGGAAUCUGAUAAAGAGACCAUAUAUCUAACGAACAAGUGAAAGAAAGGAUUCGUCAAGCCAUUGGGCAGUAUGAUGACCCCCUGGUGACUGUUAAAAAGCGCAAACUGGAAUGGUAUGGCCAUGUGACAAGAAAACUAGGGCUCGCCAAAGAAAUCGUGCAGGGCACAACAAGAGGAGGGAGAAGAAAAGGAAGACAGAGAAAAAGAUGGGAAGAUAACUAACAUCAAAUAGUGGAGGGACUAAAACUAGGCAAUGCUGUGCGAAGUGUAGGAAACAGAGAGGAAUGGAGAAGGAUAGUUUUCAUGGCAUCUAUGGCGCCCCAACGGCCCAAGGACUAAGGGACGUAAUGAUGAUGAGAAAGAAGAUUGGAUUACUGAAUAUUGCAUUUCAAAGUUUGGAAGCUUUAAUACAUUAUUAUUGUUAUCAAUGCAAAUUCUUUUCUUCCAAUACUCCUAUUGCUAAAGGGGGGGGGGGGGGGGAAAGGAAAAGGUUGUGUUUUUCUCCUUAAACACUCCAAGAUGUAGCAAUGAACUAGCAUGACAAGUUGUGUAACUUGCAAAAACAUCAUCCUGCUUAAUUCCGUUGACCAUAAAACUGUUGCAUAAAAAAUGUAUGGCGCACAGAGUCUAAGAGUGAACAUUGGAAGAAAAAGUACAUAGUUUUAUUGAAAAGACAAAUGUUAAACAGAAAAUUGUGAAAUCCUUUGACAGCCUGUUUGACUUAUUUUGACAGCUUGUUUGACAUUAUUUGCCAGUCUGUUUGACAUCCUUUGACAGCUUGUUUGACAUUAUUUGCCAGUCUGUUUGACAUCCUUUGACAGCUUGUUUGACAUUAUUUGCCAGUCUGUUUGACAUCCUUUGACAGCUUGUUUGACAUUAUUUGCCAGUCUGUUUGACAUCCUUUGACAGCUUGUUUGACAUUAUUUGCCAGUCUGUUUGACAUCCUUUGACAGCUUGUUUGACAUUAUUUGCCAGUCUGUUUGACAUCCUUUGACAGCUUGUUUGACAUUAUUUGCCAGUCUGUUUGACAUCCUUUGACAGCUUGUUUGACAUUAUUUGCCAGUCUGUUUGACAUCCUUUGACAGCUUGUUUGACAUUAUUUGCCAGUCUGUUUGACAUCCUUUGACAGCUUGUUUGACAUUAUUUGCCAGUCUGUUUGACAUCCUUUGACAGCUUGUUUGACAUUAUUUGCCAGUCUGUUUGACAUCCUUUGACAGCUUGUUUGACAUUAUUUGCCAGUCUGUUUGACAUCCUUUGACAGCUUGUUUGACAUUAUUUGCCAGUCUGUUUGACAUCCUUUGACAGCUUGUUUGACAUUAUUUGCCAGUCUGUUUGACAUCCUUUGACAGCUUGUUUGACAUUAUUUGCCAGUCUGUUUGACAUCCUUUGACAGCUUGUUUGACAUUAUUUGCCAGUCUGUUUGACAUCCUUUGACAGCUUGUUUGACAUUAUUUGCCAGUCUGUUUGACAUCCUUUGACAGCUUGUUUGACAUUAUUUGCCAGUCUGUUUGACAUCCUUUGACAGCUUGUUUGACAUUAUUUGCCAGUCUGUUUGACAUCCUUUGACAGCUUGUUUGACAUUAUUUGCCAGUCUGUUUGACAUCCUUUGACAGCUUGUUUGACAUUAUUUGCCAGUCUGUUUGACAUCCGUUGACAGCUUGUUUGACAUUAUUUGCCAGUCUGUUUGACAUCCUUUGACAGCUUGUUUGACAUUAUUUGAAAGUCUGUUUGACAUCCUUUGACAGCUUGUUUGACAUUAUUUGCCAGUCUGUUUGACAUCCUUUGACAGCUUGUUUGACAUUAUUUGCCAGUCUGUUUGACAUCCUUUGACAGCUUGUUUGACAUUAUUUGCCAGUCUGUUUGACAUCCUUUGACAGCUUGUUUGACAUUAUUUGCCAGUCUGUUUGACAUCCUUUGACAGCUUGUUUGACAUUAUUUGCCAGUCUGUUUGACAUCCUUUGACAGCUUGUUUGACAUUAUUUGCCAGUCUGUUUGACAUCCUUUGACAGCUUGUUUGACAUUAUUUGCCAGUCUGUCUGACAUCCUUUGCCAGCUUGUUUGACAUUAUUUGCCAGUCUGUUUGACAUCCUUUGACAGCUUGUUUGACAUUAUUUGCCAGUCUGUUUGACAUCCUUUGACAGCUUGUUUGACAUUAUUUGCCAGUCUGUUUGACAUCCUUUGACAGCUUGUUUGACAUUAUUUGCCAGUCUGUUUGACAUCCUUUGACAGCUUGUUUGACAUUAUUUGCCAGUCUGUUUGACAUCCUUUGACAGCUUGUUUGACAUUAUUUGCCAGUCUGUUUGACAUCCUUUGACAGCUUGUUUGACAUUAUUUGCCAGUCUGUUUGACAUCCUUUGACAGCUUGUUUGACAUUAUUUGCCAGUCUGUUUGACAUCCUUUGACAGCUUGUUUGACAUUAUUUGCCAGUCUGUUUGACAUCCUUUGACAGCUUGUUUGACAUUAUUUGCCAGUCUGUUUGACAUCCUUUGACAGCUUGUUUGACAUUAUUUGCCAGUCUGUUUGACAUCCUUUGACAGCUUGUUUGACAUUAUUUGCCAGUCUGUUUGACAUCCUUUGACAGCUUGUUUGACAUUAUUUGCCAGUCUGUUUGACAUCCUUUGACAGCUUGUUUGACAUUAUUUGCCAGUCUGUUUGACAUCCUUUGACAGCUUGUUUGACAUUAUUUGCCAGUCUGUUUGACAUCCUUUGACAGCUUGUUUGACAUUAUUUGCCAGUCUGUUUGACAUCCUUUGACAGCUUGUUUGACAUUAUUUGCCAGUCUGUUUGACAUCCUUUGACAGCUUGUUUGACAUUAUUUGCCAGUCUGUUUGACAUCCUUUGACAGCUUGUUUGACAUUAUUUGCCAGUCUGUUUGACAUCCUUUGACAGCUUGUUUGACAUUAUUUGCCAGUCUGUUUGACAUCCUUUGACAGCUUGUUUGACAUUAUUUGCCAGUCUGUUUGACAUCCUUUGACAGCUUAUUUGACAUUAUUUGCCAGUCUGUCUGACAUCCUUUGUCAGUCCGUUUCAUCCGUUCGUAAAGACAGGCGAGUGACAUCACAACCGAGAAUAGCAAUAUUCGUGCAAAAUGCAAUUAUGCGUGUUUCUGUUUGAAGCACCCACUUCAAUGUUUUCGCCUUUUGAAUUCACUGCCAGUGUUAGUGAGUAGGAGAACCACUAGUUUACGGAUAACCACAAAAAACAACUAUGGUUGAGGAUGAGUUGUUGCCUUCAAAGCAGACUCAUUUUGAUGGAUUUUAACAACAUCCGCAUUCACCUUAUCUCACAAGUGGGGUUAACUCGACUCGUACUCAAAUAUGUAAGCGGUAUAUUCGCCGUGUUAACGUCCCUGCCACGAUGUUAAUAAGAGAGGAAUGCAAGUAAUUAAUGAUCGGAAGUGACCCCAGGGUCAAGGCAGUUCAGCAAAUACAGUCGCACAGACGGCGCACCAGGUUAGCAAAACAACAACCAACAGAGGAAAUCCAACGGACUAAGUCAUUCUAAUUCAUUAAAUAGGGUAUAUAAUCCUAUGAUAUCUAAUUCAUUAAAUAUGGUAUACCUCGGACAUAAUCAUAUGAUAUCUUAUUCAUUAAAUAUGGUAUACCUCGGACAUAUUCCUAUAUCUAAUUCAUUAAAUAUGGUACGGUAUACCUCGGACAUAAUCCUAUCAUAUCUAAUUCAUUAAGUAUGGUACGGUAUACCUCCGACAUAAUCCUAUCAUAUCUAAUUCAUUAAGUAUGGCACGGUAUACCUCGGACAUAAUCCUAUCAUAUCUAAUUCAUUAAGUAUGGUACGGUAUACCUCGGACAUAAUCCUAUCAUAUCUAAUUCAUUAAGUAUGGUACGGUAUACCUCCGACAUAAUCCUAUCAUAUCUAAUUCAUUAAGUAUGGUACGGUAUACCUCCGACAUAAUCCUAUGUCUUUCCAGUUUUUAAAACGUGGUAUUAUAUCCCACUGGUUUCAAAGUCUACAUUAUUCAUUCAAUAUAGAAUCUAUUGCCCUUGGAUGGAGGGAGGGGGGAGAGAGAGUACCUUUGGCAGAUAAAUCAGAUUAGAAAAACAACCACAAAAACGACUACUAAAGAUUUCUUCAAUUGCAGACCAUCUCCAAAAGUCUAUCGUCUUUGCAAUGACAACCACUUAGAUAUUGACACAAGUUGUUUUUAUCUCGAGAUGCCCAGUCUAGAAUUGAUUCCAGCAACGGGCAGCAUUUUCUCACCAGGACCCAGGAGUCGUCAAAUCCGUGUACCCGAACAGGUUUUUGUCAAACAAAAACUUAACGUACUUUAAAACUACAAGCGUGGGAACUAUCGUUAAAAUAAUUGACUGACAUGAUAAUACCGAGGUACAUGUAAGGGUAUACAAUUGUCUAACUAAUAGAGGUUAUUUACGGGUUGUGGGGGGGGGGGGGUUGUAAAAUUAUAGGGUGGUGUGCAGUUGCAGGGAAAUAUGAGACCUAGCUAUUCAGUAUUACUCAAAGAUUGAUUAUAUAAGAAAAGUAGGAAACAAUGGUAUACUGGAACCCGGUCUUUCUGCGUUACUCAAACGUUUUCAUGUUAAUUGGUGGAGUGGGUGAUAUGGGGCGUGGGUGGGUCAUGAAUGUCAAUAUGUAUAUUCAAACUAUAAUUAUGGUCCCUUGGUGGAGUGGGUGAUAUGGGGCGUGGGUGGGUCAUGAAUGUCAAUAUGUAUAUUCAAACUAUAAAUCUGGUCCCUUGGUGGAGUGGGUGAUAUGGGGCGUGGGUGGGUCAUGAAUGUCAAUAUGUAUAUUGAAACUAUAAAUCUGGUCCCUUGGUGGAGUGGGUGAUAUGGGGCGUGGGUGGGUCAUGAAUGUCAAUAUGUAUAUUGAAACUAUAAAUAUGGUCCCUUGGUGGAGUGGGUGAUAUGGGGCGUGGGUGGGUCAUGAAUGUCAAUAUGUAUAUUCAAACUAUAAAUCUGGUCCCCUGGCGGAGUGGGUGAUAUGGGGCGUGGGUGGGUCAUGAAUGUAAUAUGUAUAUUCAAACUAUAAAUCUGGUCCCUUGGUGGAGUGGGUGAUAUGGGGCGUGGGUGGGUCAUGAAUGUCAAUAUGUAUAUUCAAGCUAUAAAUAUGGUCCCUUGGUGGAGUGGGUGGGUCAUGAAUGUCAAUAUGUAUAUUCAAACUAUAAAUCUGUUCCCUUGGUGGAGUGGGUGAUAUGGGGCGUGGGUCAUGAAUGUCAAUAUUUAUAUUCAGUCUAUAUGUAUAAAUUAUGUAUCCUACUCAUAAAGACGCAAGAUCAAACAAUAAGACUGUGGAGUCAAAGCUCUUUAACCUGUGUCAAUAAAAUUAUACUCCAUGAAACAUAGAAUACGUAAGGAACACACGGAAAUUUAUGAUGGUAUCCGAAUACCGCAUUGAAACAUGUAACGUAUCGUGCCACAAUAUAGCGGAGACUUUUCAUUUGGAGGCAUGAAAAAUGUUGGUCUUUCACGUCCUUAUGUGGGACUAUGAAAUGAUAACUCCCUUAACCUUAUUAUUAACGUCAUCCAGGGGAUCCCCAACGAUGUGUGAUCUGAUACAUUCGACACCAAAUACCUGUCGGGAUCCGAUUCACUCGUAAAACGAAUUGGAUGUUAGUAGGAGCUUGUGCAUUGAGUUCAGAGCAUAAUUACGUGCGAUGAUGUAGAAAAUUGGUCCAUAGGUUUGAUCUACAGAGCGGAGUUGUUAUUUGUGGAUUGUGUAAAUUAGUUCUUUGGUUUGAUCUUCAGAGUGGAGUUAUUUGUGGAUUGUGUAAAUUAGUUCUUUGGUUUGAUUUACAGAGCGGGGUUGUUAUUUGUGGAUUGUGUAAAUUAGUUCUUUGGUUUGAUCUUCAGAGCGGAGUAUUGGUGGAUUGUGUAAAUUAGUUCUUUGGUUUGAUUUACAGAGCGGAGUUGUUUGUGGAAUGUGUAAAUUAGUUCUUUGGUUUGAUCUACAGAGUGGAGUUAUUUGUGGAUUGUGUAAAUUAGUCCUUCGUUUUGAUCUACAUGCUGAAUGGGGUUGUUAUUUGGGGAUUGUGUAAUUUAGUUCUUCGGUUUUAUCUACAGAGUAGAGUUGUUAUUUGUGGAUGUUGUAAAUUGGUCCAUAAGUUUCAUCUAUUGUGGAAUUAUUAUUUGUGGAUGAUAAUUGGUCCAUAGAUUUGCUCUACAGAGUGGGGUUGUCUUUUUUUUUUUUUUGAUGUUGUAAACUGAGCCCUAGAUUUGUUUUACAGAACUGAGCUGUUGUCAUUUGUGGUUUUCUCAUUCCCCUUAAAGAGGAACACAGUAGGGAGGAUAUUAUCCUUGUUUUAUAUCGCCCUGUAUGUGCUGCACUGUGUUACUUUGGAUUGUAAUAUGUAGUUUUACCUCAACCUAAAAAAUGACUGUAUGAUGUUGCACAUAUUACAGUUUGUACUACUUAAUUAUUAGAACAUACAAGUGUGGAGGAAGCUCCUUGCUCGUAUCUUGUCCGUAAUAUUGGUUCACGAGUACAUAACUCAGAAGCGAAUUCUAAAGGUGGGCCGGGAUCGCCCAUAUCGUUUCGACAAUAAGUAUUCAAAAUAGAGGACCGUAACUUUUUUUUUUUUUAAGACGCCCCUACAUAUUGUCAGUUGGUAAUUCGCCCUUGAUUUCUCUCUUGAAUUUACUUUAAAACUAACAACAUUAUAUUAAAAUGUUUUUAUGUUGGUAAUAUCCUUUUUGACCGGAUAUGUUCAAAACAAUUAUAUGUAUGAACAUAACUUGAUAUAGGAGUGGAGAGUAUCAAAAAAUGUCUAUACGCAGCUCAGACAGUCUUUUUUUUUUUCCCCUCCGAAAUAUAACUUUGUUAUUGUCUCCGCCAUCGAAGUAUGCCGUAGUGUGUAGUUAAUGUGAUGAGAGCUUGGAAUUCUGUAACAAUCUGAUCGCAUUCCAGUGCUCUGAUUGAGGUCACGAAGUCAGCUUAGAUCGCGAGUUAGGCCGAGAGUAGUUGGUUUUUUAUUUUUUAUUUUUAAAAUCUUGUUAAAAGUAGAAGCCGCGCGGUAAUUUCUCACACAAGAACAGUAAAAAAAAAAAAUGUCCAAAAUUUAUCAUCUGUGACACCACGUUGUUGUUAUUGGCCACGAAGGAAGUAAGUCCAACCCCACACGAACCACAGUGGAGCCCCGCUAUAAGGCGAAUUCCGUAAAACGCAGCCAUAAAAUGAAUGGCUCCAGACAUUGCAAUUAUAAAACUCUAUAUUAAACCCCGCUAUAAACGGACCCCGCGAUUAACGCGAUCCGAUUUUAUAGACCUUAAUUAUUGUGUAAUGGGGAGGUUCCGCUGUACAUUGUACGUCAACAGAGCAUGGUAGCUUCUCUCGACCCCCCACAGAACAUGUCCUACUUCAGUCAUCAUGUCCAGAGUCUUACACAUUUUAAUAUGAUUAGUAUGGUGUUAGCUUCCAUCAAAUGCAGAACCAGAUGAACAUACAGACAUUAUAUGAUACAGUUUUUUGUUUUUUUAAAUCUUAAGUACAACGUUCUAAAAGAGACUUGAAAGACUGGAUUUAGAGAUGUACAACAAUUUAUUAUCAAAAGUACUCUUUUAAACCUGGCCAUGUUAACAUUAAUGAAUGGCAUUCUUUCCCCCCAGGUCCAUCAACAAACUAGCCAGUCGAUUAUGAAGAAAUCCCCAAAACUGCGCCUGCUAUUAGUAAUACUGCAGCUUGUAUCUUGGGCCUACUGCUCAUUCGACUGGCACACCCCGAGCUAUACAUGCGCCUCAACACACACACCUCGGGCGGACCCUUGGGUCAAACUCUAUAUACCCAACCUGCCCUCACAGUACAGCAUGAAGGUGGAGGCGAACAUUGUACAGAAGAACUGGACGACAGAAGUCGAGGAACACUAUGACGCCCAUAAGUCUAGGGCAUCUCUGAGUUUAACAUUCAAUGGAUCCACGACAGUGUCAAUAUUUGAUUACACGAUAGGAGAGAAGUAAGUAGUUUAAUUGGAUCCACGACAGUGUCAAUAUUUGAUUACACGAUAGGAGAGAAGUAAGUAGUUUAAUUGGAUCCACGACAGUUUCAAGCUCUGAUUUCAUGAUAGGGGAGAAGUAAGUAGUGUUAUUGGAUCCAAGACAUUGUCAAUCUCUGAUUACAUAAAUAGGAGAGAACUUAGUAUAAAAGGGAGCUACGAAAGUUUCAAUCUUUAUUACCAUUAUUUGAUAGCAGAGAGUAAGUUUAGCUCAAACACUUUAUAAAUCGAAAAAGUUUCCUUUUUAUAAGGGCAAUGGAAACAUCAUUUCCCCCGACCCCCUCCUUUUUCCCAAUGAAUAUGGUUCUAAGUCAGGGGUCUCAAACUCAAAUUAUCUGGGGGCCGCAGAAGGUAGAGUCUGAGUGAGACUGGGCCGCAUCAAGUAUUCCACAAAAAGCGAUUACGAAUUCAAUAUAGUACAACUGUUACAAUGUGCUCAACCUUUAUAACAAAUAAAAACAUUAAGGGUUCUCAAGAACUAGGCUUCACUUACUUCCUGCUACUCCUUUUAGCCAGAGACCUGGCAGCGCUUCUUCUUACACAGCUGAGCGACAUUAGGCUUGAGUGAGCAAGCAACUGAGACCCUCAGUAUAGCUUGAAGAUGUUCAUUAUUAAGUUUGACCCUGAACUUUAUUGAUUAAAGUUAAAAGUGGAAAAGAGCUUUCCCCACACACAGGUACUCCCAGAAAGGCACACGAUCCACUUCAACUACCUGGAAAUCUCUCAAUUCUCUCAUAAAUUGUCCAAGCUUUUUCUGUUUUUCAAUUCACCUCCCAGAACGUAUACCUUGAGCUCAGAAUUGAACUGAAGAUCAAUCAGCUCCAUUUGAAGCCCCCCCCCCCCAAAAAAAAAGGGAGGGGGUGGAGGAGCAUCUUCCGCAUUAAAGGAGAAACAGUCAGCAAAAAUUUUUUUAAGUGGCUCUGUAUGUUUUGAGGUAAGCAAACCUGUGAGCCUUAUCGUAGAAAAGGCCCUUUUGAAUAACCCUAUUUUGAAAGUGACCAAGCUGACAGGUUUGGAAUUUCCCUCACUCGUCACUAUGCACAUUAGCGGCAAUUUUAAAGGAUACUUAAGAGAUACUUUAAUAUGUGUCAGAUUGCUAUGAUUUACAUAAUUAUGGUUGUAUAUUACCCAGUAAGUGACUUUUUUUAACUUUUGAUAUUUCUAUAUACAAUAUUCGAAGCGUUUUUUCUUAAAACUGUAUUUUGGCCGUGUUUGUCUAAUAAAAUGCUAUAAAAUGAAACCUUUUAGUCCGAUUUCAAGUUGCCGUUAAUGGAUAUGAGGCGAGAGGCGAAGGUGGUAACCUCUGACCGAUGAUUCUUACUACGCAGCCCUGAGAAGCUGCUCCAAGGCAACCGUUUCGUCCCAGCUGCAUCGCGAAUUAGUUGCGUUGUGGAAACCCACUGUAGAAUCCCUCUUAUAGGGCGUCUAACGCUUCCCUGGGAUGGGUGGGGGAAGAUAUUAGGACGUACAUUUUUCCAUCCCGACUCCUGAGAAAAUCUAUCGUGUGCACUAUUUGCAAACACAGUGUCGGACCGACCGGGUGUCUUUGGGUUAGGACGGCCCCCGGCGGAGACCUGGUCGAGCAGACUCGGGUGGGGGCCGUCCUGACAAAGGGACAUCCCCGACGUGCCGCUCCGCGGCCCGAUACCGGGUUGAGAAGGGGUGUUUUGGGGAUGGCAUAAAGAGCGCAAGCUCGACGGCCCACUGACGCCAUUUCUUAAUGUAAUAUAUAUAUUUCAGUCCGAUUUCAAAACGGUUUCUUUUUCCCCAUUAUAAUCAACGUCUAAACCUUUACAAACAUAAUAAAAAUCACAAUUAGACUAGUGUUGAGAUUUUACUGUAAACCGUCAAAUUAUAGAAAUGAUUUUGAGACCCCUGUUCUAAGUGAACCAAGCGAAUUUUGAUCUGCUUACUCUUCAACAUGCAACAACAUUUAUAUAGGUUUAUCAUAAUUAUAUCAUCAGGUUACUUGGCACGUAUGCAUCAGUAUCAAGUUUUUAAUGGCAAAAAAAAAAAAAUGAUAAUGAAUACGGGGUUGCCCGGUCGUAAGUAUAAUCUAUUUAACUUGCUGGUAUUUGUUCCGUGUUCAGGUACAACAUUUACCCAAACGGAACUUGCCAAACCGACGUCCCCACCUUCGACGUAUACGGCUACACCAAGAUGGGAAAACUGAGCCACCCCGCUCUGGCCACUGUUUAUGAGGUGUUUCAUUUCGGAACAGGCUUCAACCAAACAUACAUAGGGAAGGAAGUGGUGCGUGGAAUACCGGUCGAUCACUGGACCUCAUGCCAGGUGAGUCGAGAGAAGCGAAGAACCCCGGUUCUUUUCAACCAUCUUCCCAACCACCUUAAAUAAUAAUUUUUAAAAAAGCAAACAAUAUUAUAAAAUGCACUCAUACUGGGUGUCAGGCAAAGAAUAACGGUUAUUCAAAAUCAUCAUGCCACUAUGAGGAAGGGGGCCAUGUCAGGCAAAGAAUAAUGCCACUAUGAGGAAGGGGGCCAUGUCAUGCAAAGAAUAACGGUUAUUCAAAAUCAUCAUGCCACUAUGAGGAAGGGGGCCAUGUCAGGCAAAGAAUAACGGUUAUUCAAAAUCAUCAUGCCACUAUGAGGAAGGGGGCUAUGUCAGGCAAAGAAUAAUGCCACUAUGAGGAAGGGGGCCAUGUCAUGCAAAGAAUAACGGUUAUUCAAAAUCAUCAUGCCACUAUGAGGAAGGGGGCCAUGUCAGGCAAAGAAUAAUGCCACUAUGAGGAAGGGGGCCAUGUCAGGCAAAGAAUAAAGGCUAUCAAAAUCAUUAUAAUGCCACUAUGUGGAAGGGGUCAUGUUGAGUGUCUAUCUUUCGGAUGUGGUCAUGUUGUGUGUCUAUCUUUCAGAUGUGGUCAUGUUGUGUUUCUAUCUUCUGGAUGUGGUCAUGUUGUGUUUCUAUCUUUCGGAUGUGGUCAUGUUGUGUUUCUAUUUUCGGAUGUGGUCAUGUUGUGUGUCUAUCUUUCGGAUGUGGUCAUGUUGUGUGUCUAUCUUUCGGAUGUGGUCAUGUUGUGUGUCUAUCUUUCGGAUGUAGUCAUGUUGUGUUUCUAUCUUUCGGAUGUGGUCAUGUUGUGUUUCUAUCUUUCGGAUGUGGUCAUGUUGUGUUUCUAUCUUUCGGAUGUGGUAACGUUGUUUUUCUAUCUUCUGCAUGUGGUCAUGUUGUGUUUCUAUCUUCUGGAUGUGGUCAUGUUGUGUGUCUAUCUUUCGGAUGUGGUCAUGUUGUGUUUCUAUCUUUCGGAUGUGCUCAUGUUGUGUCACUUUUCUAUAGAGUAUUCUGAGACUGCUUUGCUUGUGACGUCAAUUUCUUUACGUGCGGCGGAAGCAUGUUGCAGAUUAAGCUCUUAGCUUUACAAUGACCGGAAAAUGUCAGUACAGUUGUCAGGAUUGUAGCUUUACAGUAACAGGAAAAUGUCGAUACAGUUGUCAGGCUUGUAGCUUUACAGUGACAGGAAAAUGUCGAUACAGUUGUCAGGCUUGUAGCUUUACAGUGACAGGAAAAUGUAGAUACAGUUGUCAGGCUUGUAGCUUUACAGUGACAGGAAAAUGUCAGUACAAUAGUGUAAAUCUGUUGUUAAGAUUGCGAGUGACCUAUUUUGUCAUCAGGAAUGGCCUGAUGUCGGUGCCAAAUUCCAGCUGGACUACUACUUCUCGGAUCCCGACUACACCAUGGCAGGCGGUGUCACGCAGGUCCCGGUGCGUGCAGUGCUCAACGGAUCGGCCAACAAUUUGAAUGCAGACAUGAAAAAACUCACGGGCACGUGAGUAGAACCUAUGCUAUUAUUACUAUAUAUACUUACCAGGCCACAACUCAAGGGCACCCAAGUAGAACUAUACUGUAUACACUUAGCAGGCCACAACUCAAGGGCACCCAAGUAGAACCUAUACUAUUAAAUACUACAUACACUUAGCAGGGCUAUAACUAAAGGGCACCCAAGUAAAACCUAUACUAUAUUGACCAUAAACACGUACUAGGCCACAUCUCAAGGGCAAGAGAACCGCAUGACAGUGGGUAAAAUGUAACUUAGACACUUUAAGAUGAAAGACGAAGAUCGAUUUAUGUCUUAUACAUAGCUGACAAACGCUAACAUCGCCUUUCUCUAACUGCAACCUUUGAUAAUCUAUGGAUGCCAACUCCAACAGACAUCACUUCACCCACAUCUACGACUUCACGUCCUUCAGAGCUGGGCCUGUGCUCAACGAGGAUGUGUUCAGGAUCCCACCUGGCGUGGUGUGCCGUGGCAAGGUCAACUCAAAGGCCAUGCCAUCACUUCCGCCGGAGUUUGAAGUCUCCAUGGAGGUAAACGACUUUAGACGUCCAUCCGUUCAAACUUUAUGGUUUAAAGUCAACACGUUCAUGCCAUUCGCAUACGGGCAGAGCAUAGUUUAUUCUAAAUGUGCACUGAUGCCCUUGAAUUAACUUAGUUCGCGGAUUAGACAUUUAUAAUUUAUAGAUAUAUUAAGCAUAGGUCUAGAGGGAGGGGGACAUCCGCCCCCAGAUGGCAUUUUUGGCUAACUGGAUAUUUUCGCAGUGCUGUGGUGGGGACAAAUCUUGACAUUAAUCCUUGCAACGCCACCGAAAGGUAAGAAUUUUAGUAUAAACCAAAAAAUAUAUUGCAGUGCAGCAGUGGUUCUCAGCCUACCUAAUGCCGAGACCCUUUAAUACAGUUCCUCAUGUUGUGGCAUCCCUCCAACGAUAAAAUUAUUUUCGUUCCUACUUCAUAAAUAUGUGUUUUCCGAUGGUCUAAGGCGACCACUGUGUAAGGGUCGCGACCCAUAGGUUGAGAACCGCUGGUAGAGAGGGUCGCCCUAUCCCUUUUCAUUUGUACAAGGUGGUUAUCGCCAAUCCGAUAAUGCCCGUCGUACAUGUAUGACUCCAGCCACGCGCGUCUACGACCCAAACGCGGAUCACUGAUAUAUCUGUUACUGUCGCAGGUCAUCAUCCCUGACAGCAGCCUUCCCCCCAGGCAGCAGUUUCUAAGGUUUGACUACGAGCACGAGUUGAUUGAGACCUGGAGCAGAAUGCUCGUACCAGAAGGUUUCGAUUUCCGUACAUUUCGCAGUGGAGCCACGACACCCACCCCGAAGUCUUUAGAGCCCAACAAGCUGACAUUGUUGACCAUCUCCACAGUGGAGGACUACAGAAACGAGAUCGUCUAUGUAUUGAACAAGGUCAGUGUAGAAGGAAGGCAUACAUGGUUUAUUUUGUCCAUACACCCACACUAACAUAAGGGGAUAAUAGUCAUACAGAGUCAUCGUAAUAUAGCAUAGCAAAGAUGUUCAAAAGUGUUAAAUAAGGCAACAACACGGACCAGUACCAUGUAGUUGAAAGUAGCACAUCAAGUAAAUAUAAAGCGGCUAUUUAAGAGAGUUAAAGUUUCCCAAAGAUAGAGACGAAACUAAGAGCUGUAGGUAAGUAGCUGGUGCCAGUACAGAAUUUAUAAAUAUAUAUAUAUAUUUGCGAUCAUGAUGGAAUAGAUAAAAGCAUUAUGUGGUCAAACAGCACUUCCCGUUGAUUAUACGAAAUACAAUUUUAAGAGAUGGCACACUCUUUCAGGAGAUAUUUCUUACCUCUGAUUAUAUAAUGCUUAAAUAGACUAAGCUGGUAAUAAGAAUAUUCCCGCUUCCUUCCCCCAGGGCACCAUGUCCUGCAGCAUACACGCAAUGACCGAUGGUUUAUACGAAACCACGAUGGCCCAUGGCCCCAGUCUCUUUCAAGUUGUGAUCGGUACCAAUGAGUUUGUAUACCAGGUAAAUGUUACAAGUGCCCAUGAGUUUGCAUAACAGGUAAAUAUGACAGGUCCCAACGAUUUUGUAAUACAAGAUAAAUGUAACAGGAGGCAAAGAUUUUGUAAUUCCAGGUAAAUGCGACAGGCGCCAUAGAUUCUUUAAUUCCAUGCAAAUGUGACAGAUGCCGAAGAUAUUGUACACCAUGAAAAUGCGAAAACAAAUAAAUAUGUCCACUACUCAAUAGAAACGCUUUUCAAGACAUAUUACACUCAUACUUGACGUUUUGCAGUUGCGUCAACGCUAACUGAAAGAAGAAGAUGACGAAAGCAUAAUUUUAAGAAAUAAUUUGUAAUGUCAAAAGCUGGAAUACUGUCUUGCGAACAAACCCUAAUUUUUAAAAAAAGUUGUUUGAACACCCCACCCCCAUUAAAAUAUAGAUAUUAACGUAAAUUAGCAGCCAAAAUAAUGCAUUUCAGGGUCAGACCAACAUCAGAGACAUGCUGGUCGAUGUCUGGGCAAUGGAAUCUGACGGAAUAUCACAGGAAGUCUACUUCUCGGCCGAGGAUUCUGAAGAAGAGACAGUAGAUUUCAGUGAGAGAGUGCUAAAACGAUCCGCCCAACCCAGCUUUACCCCAACACUGGUGGGGAUGUUGCUGAAAAACAGGACUGCAGUCAACAAUGGAAAACUGUCCCCGUUCUUUAAAGAGAUCUUCGCCACCUCCAACGACAGCAUGACAUGGUCUGGGUUAAGCGAUGACGCACAAGCCAACGUGCCAACGGACAAGGCCAAGCAGGCAACGGGAGACCAGACGGCAUGGGGCCUGCAACUGGAACGGUCGCUAAACCAGAGGAUCAGUGAAAAGCUCGUCCACUUCUUCCACUUCAGCCCAGCGUACACCGUCAGCACUCAGUUCCAGAUAUCGAGCUGCUACUCAGACGAGGAGACGGCCACUGUUACAUUUCUGGUCAACGCCAGCUACAGCGUAGUCGAGAAAAGUUAUUACCUCUUCAAGAAUGCACUAAGAUCGGCUCUUGCUCGCGAGUCAAAGCUAUCCAUCCUACAGAUAAGCAAUCUUUACACCGUCCCGAUGAAAAACAACAGCUACGCCACAUAUUACGUCCCGCAAAUCUCACUGACCCUUCUAGGAAGACCUCCAGUGAAGAACAGUAAACAAGUCCCGCUAAUGCUGGCUAAGGAUAUGUUACACGAAGCGGUGAAAAAUGGCAUAGCAUUUUACGUCUCCUACUCAACUGCCCCAACGUGGUUCGACGUGGACAGGAACACUUUCUCCCUGCGUAGUUCCAAUGACACGCUCGACCCUGAAACAUUCUUUAGUUCAUACGGAAAUGACAAACCGUUCAAAGACUCGGGGAACACGUCAGAAAACGGGAGCGCCACGCUCUACACGCCAGGGGCCGUCGCUGGCAUCGCCUUUGGCAUGCUUGUUCUCGGCGCUGCCCUAUGUCUCACGGUUGUGUAUCUUCUCUACAGGCGGCGUCAUCCUGGACAGUCCUUCAUUCCUUACAGGCUAACCAACUAACACGACCCCAUGGCUUUUAUUCCAAGUAAUACAACAACAUUUUUUUUCUUCUGGAAAGUUUCAUUUCAAUUCUAAUUUUUUUUAAAGACUUUUAAAAAAAGAUUAAACUUAAACAAAGAGAACAUGUUCAAGCCCAUGGCGCAGAUUCUCAACAUUAAGUUUCUGUCAUCCAAGAAUAAACCAAUAAUUUCACGCAAAAAAGUUAUCAAUAUAUCAGUCCCGUUUAUGCUUCCACUUUAAUAUCUUAACUUUUAAAUGUUUUGGAAAUAAUCAUGUGAAUUGUAAAAUGGACGCUUAACCUCAAGUUUUCAGAUCACAAAAGAAUAAUUGACAAUCAUAUGAGAUCCAAGACAACCAUCUGAAACACUAGUGUGUCGGGGCUCUAUUGUUUUUAUAUGCUAUGUUUAUCCACACACACACAAAACGAAUUGACCAUAUAAACAAUAACUGUUUACGAGCCAGUGGAGAGAUCGAGACUGUGGAGAUAUCGAGACAAUGGAGAUAUCGAGACGGUGAGGAUAUCGAGACAUUGGAGAUAUCGAGACGGUCAAGAUAUCGAGACGGUCGAGAUAUCGAGACGGUGGGGAUAUCGAGACAAUGGAGAUAUCGAGACAAUGGAGAUAUCGAGACGGUCAAGAUAUCGAGACGGUCGAGAUAUCGAGACGGUCGAGAUAUCGAGACAAUCAAGAUAUUGAGACAAUCAAGAUAUCGAGACGGUCGAGAUAUCGAGACAGUGGAGAUAUCGAGACUUUGGAAAUAUCGAGUCGGUGGAGAUAUCAAGACGGUGCAGAUAUCGAGAAGGUGGAAAUAUCGAGACAGUGGAGAUAUCAAGACGGUGCAGAUAUCAAGACGGUGCAGAUAUCAAGACGGAGCAGAUAUCAAGACAAGACAGUGGAGAUAUCAAGACGGUGCAGAUAUCAAGACGAUGGAGAUAUCGAGACGGUGGAGAUAUCAAGACAAUGGAGAUAUCGAGACGGUGCAGAUAUCAAGACAGUGGAGAUAUCGAGACGGUGGAGAUAUCAAGACAAUGGAGAUAUCGAGACGGUGGAGAUAUCGAGACGGUGGAGAUAUCAAGACAAUGGAGAUAUCAAGACAAUGGAGAUAUCGAGACGGUGGAGAUAUCGAGACGGUGGAGAUAUCGAGACGGUGGAGAUAUCGAGACGGUUGAGAUAUCGAGACGGUGCAGAUAUCAAGACAGUGCAGUUUCGCAGCAGCACGUGUAAUCCUGGAGAACCUCGAUGGCCAAUGAACUAAACUGAUAAAAUAACAACAGGGGCGCUUUGAAACCUGGGCUGCUCAAAUAUGAAGCCUCAACUCCAACAUGCCUAAAACCUCAGAAUUACCACAAUGGGCAAGUUUGUUUGUUUUUUUCUUGUUUUUUUUUUUUUGUUUUUAAAUAAAAACAGAAACGGGAGAGUGAUAAAUUUUAACUGUUUUUUUGCUGCUUUGACAUCGGCCACAUUUCGAAUAAUUAUUUCUUUUAAAACAGUGUUUGUAUUGUGACCGAGCAACUUAAGAAAGAUUAAACAGCUGAUGUUUAUUGUUCAUGUAAGUGGCUAAGCAGUAGACAAAUCCAACAAAGCUUUAGUGUAGCGUCUUGGUGUUCUUCUACUUCCGCUAUCCUUGAUUUCUUUUUCCAAUAAAAGAACCAUUGUUUUAUUUUUCUAAUUGCGUCAAGCAUUAAAUUUUGGAGAAAAUAAAACUAUCCAUGUCCAUUCUUCAGAUUUAUAUUUGUUUUGUCGGUAGAGGAUUGCUUUGGGUGUCCAUGAGCAUUAACAUUUUAAGAAAGUACAGAAG